AUGGCAGAUGCGGACAGUAUCUUUGCGACAGCCUCGAUGAGAGGAGAAAACGCAUCUUCUGGACGGCGGUACAUGUUGGAGAGAUCAGUUGCUCGGACCAUGGGUCGACCUCACUCCAUCUCCGACAGAGACAUUGACGUUGCGCUCCCAGCGAACAUCGACGAUGAACUGGACACUGACGAAGCUAUCCUCGCAGCCAUUGCAGAGUCACACCAACACCCUUCUCAAAUCACCGCACUCACGCCAGCCAUUCAUAUAUUUCGGCUACAGCAAAUAGAUUCCAAGAUUUCAUACACAGUAUGUCGCGUGGACAAAGAUAUCUCCGAGAUUAAACCGCACAAGGUGACCCGUCUUCGACAAGCUCUAGAAGAGUGGAAGGCCGGAAUACCUCAGACCGGUCCAGAGAAUAAAACGCAUCCUUACCUCACAACAGACUACCAUAUGAUCCAAUACCACAAAGCCAUUAUACUCCUAAACCUCCCCUUCUUACCAACCCUCACCCCACAGAGUCCAACAUUCCACGAGAUCGUCCACUCCGCCGGGCAAGUCUGCUCCUUAUCAAAACGUCUUCACGACCAGCAGACAUACAUCUCAUUCUCUCUCCUCUCACUACACGCCAACUUCGUCGCUGGCUUGGUAAUGGUCUACUGUUUCUGCCUCGACUCGUCAAUCUUCAGUCCCAAGUUCAGCAGCAGUGUGAGAGCGUGUAGUACGAUGCUGUACAUCAUUUCCGAGCGAUGGCCGAGAGCGGUUCAGGCGAGGAAUGCAUUUGAUCGUCUUGUCGCUGCUACGAUAGAAAGUGACCACGAAUCAAAUAAUGGUAUUUUGCGGUCUGAGGAUAAGUUGAAUGUCUCGCAGGAUGGCUUUGUGGCAGAUGAGACUGGUAAUCUGGAGGUUUGGAAUAGCUUUGAGUCGAUACUUGGGGAUCAUCAGAUCGAUCUGGGGACUUGGAUGCAUGAUAGCAUUUUUGACACGAUGGGCACGUAUCAGCCAAUGGAUUGGACGGAGUAG